AUGACACUGCAUGAAUCAGGAAAAACGAGAGAUCCUGGCGCUUUACGCCAACUUCUUACUCAUGUCCCUGGUAUGGUAAUCAAAUGUGAUCACAGCCACUCCAUGCCAAAUGUCACGCAUGUGGUUGGAGUCUGUAUGUUUGCCGACAUCUCAGGCUUUACAUCCCUCUGCGAGACUUAUGGCAACCUAGAAAGCUCAAAUGGAAGCGGAACAGAGAAGCUCACAGCUACUUUAAACACUUACAUAGGAAAAAUAGUCGAAGAUAUUCUAAUCAAUGGGGGAGACGUGCUUAAAUUUGCAGGAGAUGCAUUGUUAGCGAUGUGGAAAUGCAAUGAGUCGUCAUCAGACCUGACAUUAUUAGUUAACAAAGCCAUCAUCUGCAGCCUUGCAAUCCAGGAAGAAUGUGACAACUACAUGACAGAUGUCGGUGUGUUACUGCGAGUCAAGAUUGCUAUCGCCAUUGGAAAAAUGCAUAUAACGUAUGUUGGAGUGCCUGAUUGCAAGCAGUUUGACCUAACUGGACCUGCUGUGGAGGAAGUGAAUGGAGCAGAGAAGUGGGCAACUCCUGGAUCGAUCAUUUUGAAUCGCCUUGCUUGGGCGAACUGCGAGCAGUCGCUUUUUACUUAUGAAGUUAUGGAAGAUGGACAACAUUUUAAGGUGACAGGAGUGCGAGAACAAGAGAUCCAAGUCGGAGAAGAAGAACCCACGCGAACAGAGGUGCUCCUGAUGUCUAUGUCAGGGGUUCUCUCCACAAAGAGCGUGGCUCUCUCCAUCCCUUCAGUCAGCAGGAGAAUCUUCGGUCCUCACGUGGGAAACCACUUUGCAAAGCACCACCCAAGUCUAAAGCUAGCGAGGAUUUAUCUCAAAAAGCGCGAGGAUAAAACUAAACGAGGAUCUUCGAAAGUGGGUUGCAGUGUAACAGAAAAGUUAAUGCGCACUGGGAGUAUCCACGACCCAGAUCAUCGAACAGAUGUGUAUGACUUUUUAAACGACCAGGAGAUCGAAGAUCUAAGGGCUUACGUAUCCAAACCCGUUCUUUCAAAGAUCGACCACGGACAAGACCUACAGUGGCUUUCAGAGAUGCGUCAGGUCUCAGUCUUAUUCAUCAAUAUGGUUCUGCCAAAGAAAGGUGACCAAAGUUCUUGGGCGCUACAAAAAGCCUUUGAAAUCAUUUACGAAAAUGUUCGUAGACUCAGAGGGAAUCUCAAUAAAGUAUUUUCGUUCGACAAGGGCUGCACGUUUCUCGUCAUUUUCGGGUUGCCAGGCGACAAGCACGAGGAUGAUCAGACCCGUGCACUCAAGGCUGGACAUCGGAUAAUCGAUACAUUACACACUAUCAAGGAGAUCACACAUGAAGCUAUUGGAGUGACAACUGGAAGGGCAUUCUGCGGGGUCGUAGGGCACCGAGACAGACACGAAUACACAGUGAUUGGUCGCAAAGUCAAUAUGGCGGCUCGUCUGAUGGUCAACUACCCCGGCAUCCUCUCCUGUGACAACGAUACAUUCAUGGCAGCAAAAACCAAGCUCAAAAAAGAGGAUUUCCUUCUCUUGCCCUUUAAGCCUCUGAAGGGUAUUGCAGAACCCGGUGCGGUUAGGGAGUACAACAAACACCAUGAUCGUGAAAUUGAAGAUGAUGACACAGAAUAUCCAAUAUUAGGUCGAGAAAAGGAAUGCCAAGAUAUGAAGAAACUGCUACACGCCGUCAAUACAGACGACAGGGAGGCUGGCCUGAUACAGCACAUGGUAGUAAUAGAGGGUGAGGCUGGGAUAGGCAAAACAAGAUUGAUGGAACAGUUCAUGGAUAUCGCCGAAGACGAAAAUUUCAAGGUUGAUUACGUAGAAGCUGAUAUGGCGCAUGCGCACACGCCAUAUCACGUGGUCCAGAUGCUCAUUAGUAUUCUACUUGAGCUGGAUGUUUGUCGCACUCCAGCUGAAAAGGAACACUUGCUGAAGGAACAUAUUACAGAAGAGACGUUACGAGAUAGCUUAUGUUUAUUGAAUGACAUAUUAGGAACACACAUACCUCCAAAUCCUAAGUUCUUUCACAUGGAUACCAAACAUGUGACAGAACACUUCCACAAACUCCUCUUUGGGAUUGUUCAUCAGGUCGCGGUACAGCAGCCAUGUCUAUUUGCUGUGGAUAAUGCACAGUUCAUUGACCACGAGUCUUGGGAUUUUCUUGAAGACCUGCAGCGGGAUUCACAUGCAGUUCUCAUACUUGCCCUUAGACCUUUUUCUGCGUCUAAUCCUCCUUGUAAAUCCGCUGUUCGCAUGAUUAAUGACCGACAGUCAAAGAAAUUUAAACUAAAGGGGCUUGACGCUAAGCUAAUGAGUGACUUGGCUUGUCAGUUCAUGGAUGCGAUGUACAUCCCUCAAGAACUCGAUAAAAUACUUCAGGAGAAAAGCCACGGUGUUCCUUCGUGGUGUGAGCAGCUCAUCAAAGACAUGCUCGUCAGUAAGAUCAUUGAUAUAGUGCCUGAUAUAGAGGCAUUUCAAUCUGAGGUCGACACUGAUGCUCACUACAAGCUCAGGGAAUCAGACAUUGCAUCACCUCGUCCCGGGACCCCUUCGUUUCGUUCAGCAACCCCCUUACUUCCUGAUACAAUGGAAGAUGAUCCUCUAUCUGCUGCCAAAACCAGAGGAAAGAGCGCACAUGGUUCCAAAGGCAGAAGAGGAAGCUUAUUUGUUAAAAUCACUCUUGGUGGCGAAGAAAGGACACGGAAGCGUAGAAUGUCUACAGGAAGUGCAAAAGGUUUAGAGUUCGACAAUGAGUUUGACAACGAGCAGCCACUUCCCACAAUUGACAACAGUAGACGAACUAGCCUCGCGAGUGAUGCAAGCGCAAUUGGUUUCAACUUGUCUGCGGAAAAGAAAGGUUGUUACGGUUUUGAGAAGGCAAAUUUCGUCCAAGCAAAGAGUGACACAAUGCCAAAAGAUACGCAUAGUGUUUGUAUCGUCGCGCCUAGUGUUGACAUCUCUAAGGUGUUGGUUCCAGAGUCCGUUAAAGACAUGGUACUCGCGCGUGUAGACCGCAUGUCGCCCAGUGAACAGGUCACACUGAAAUGCGCGUCCAUUCUUGGAAUGAUGUUUUCGCGGGAACUUAUCGAGGCACUCGUUCCGAUAUCCUGCAAGGCUAGUCUAGAUGUGGUUCUGUAUACUCUCGUUAGAGAUGGUAUUCUAGAGUGCGCAAGUUUAGCUGCGCAGCACCAGUCGGCACACAAUCACCACGGUUUCUAUGACUACGACGAUCCUGCGCAUGCGCACCAUCAUGGUCAACAUCACCACCAUCAUCACCACCACAACGUAGCAACGUCGCUGCAUGCUCCUGUCUUAUGUGGUUGCUAUGCCCACGAGGGGAAUAGGGUGCUUAAUCUCACCAGCAUGAUGACUCCCAAUGGACCAAAGAAGCAAUGUCUCUUCUACAAAUUUGUCAAUAUUUACGUACAAGAGACGGCUUACGAGGUCUGGCUAGAUCACCAAAGAAAACAGCUCCACGAGAAAGCCGCUAUGUUCUUAGAAUCGCAGGCUCAUAAAUGUCGAGCAUGUGGAGGUGGAGGCUUUGUACCUGGACAAAAUGAGAAUAAGGAGACCACCUCUACAGAUAAGGGGACGCAAAAGGGUGGAAGGAUGCGAAGUGAUAGCACAUCUCGCAGAUCUACAAAUAUCAUCUCAUCCAGUUCUGCCAAGAGGAGGAAGACUAUAGAAAUGAGAGAAAAAGUCCAAAGUCAAGGCGCCUUCACGUCACGCGCACACGACAGAACAAGCUUCGCUCGACCGAGUAACUUGCAAAUGGACGCUAGUAAACUUAAAGAGGUUUCCAGAAACUCCACGCAAGAUGGAGAACUAACGAAUGGAAUAAGCGGUGAUGAGAAUGGAGAGGAAAGACGGGUCAGUUGGAUUACGAAAUUUCGAAGAAAGAAGAGUGCACGCGUCAAAGCGCAAGAGGAAGAGACCAACAUCCAAGAAAAACUUGGAAGACUGAAACUAAUAGAGGAAGAAAUAUCUAAUGUAGAAACCGAGGAGGAAUCAGAAACUGUCAACGUUAAAAACUGUGAAUGCGCAGAAAUCCUCGCAUCCGUUUUCCCACAGCUUGUCGAUCACUGGCGAGCCUCAGGGAACAAGAUCAAGACUAUUCGGUAUUUGACCGAGUCUGGGGCGGCGGCACUGACUACAUCGGCCAACAUGCAGGCCUUGUCUCACUUGUAUGAAGUUAAGACUAUGUUUGGUGAGAAGACAGAGGAUGGUGGAGAUAUUUCUACAAAAGAAGACAUGGCGAGAGUGGAAAACCUGAUUGGGCAGGCACUCUUCCACAUGAACCGUCUCGACGAGGCUCUUUUACAUUUUCAAGAGUGCUUGGCUCUUCUGGGUAAAAAGCAGCCCACUAGUAAUCUUGGAGUUUAUCUUCGAAUCAGGAAAGAAGCCUUCCGACAUUAUCUGCAUAUUCUCUUUCCUGGUUAUUUUAUUCAACGCGCAGGGGACAACUCCACAAGGCUCAUUGAACAGGCUCGUUGUCUGUCCCACAUAUCACAUGUCUACCACGCCUUGCAUCAGAACGACAGGUCACUAAUGGCUGCCAUACAGGAAGUAAAUGCUGCUGAAGAAGCCGAGGAAGACCUGCACGAGCUUCUUGUUGCUUAUGCCGCUGUCAUUGAAUGUACUCAUCUGUUUGGAUGGACAAGCUGGGGUGAACAGUAUGAAAGAAUUGGACUCCAAAGAUGUCAAGAACCUCGUCUUCUCUUGAACCAAGAGGAUUUAGCAACAGUUGCUCAUCUUUACAGUGUCAGUCUAUCAUUCAGACUGGCUAUAGCCAACACAGAGGGAGCUAUAAAAUCAGGUAAUCUUGCCAUCAGCAUUUCCAGCAAAGUCAACGAUCAGCAUAUGAAGAUUUCCUGCUUGCCGCUUUACAUUCAAACGCAACUUCUUAUUGGAAAAACUGAGACCUGCGCAGAGUUACUAAAGGAAUUGAACUACACGUCUAUAGAGGAAGAAGAUUCACACGGCAAGGCAAUGUACAUGUGCGGCUGCUUUGAUUUAUUACUAGACGCAGGACAAAAACUCGAAGAGGUGGAGCGAAUUGAGCAGUUCACUCUUAAAGCCGCCUCAGACCCUGCCUUUAUGAGUGACGUCAUUACCAAGUAUUAUCUUAACGCCUGCUUGGCAUUAUGGUAUGCACGAAGAGAAGACUGGGAAAAAGCAGAGCGCUACGUUAGCUCUGCGCUUGCGCUUGAGCCAGAAAAAUUCGAGAUGUUCCUGUCGGUGAGAGGCGUACUGAAGGUCAUUGAAUGUCAGCUGUUGUACCUUCGAGUUGCACCGAUGAACACAACAACUAAACAUGACCUUAAAAAGGAAUUCCACAAGGUUGACAAAGCAUGCGAUCAUUUCCGUGUUCUCUAUCCACGGAGCGUCCAUCUUCGUGCCUAUAAAGCUCUUCUUAAACACAAAAACAGCACUUCGAGAGCCUUGCUUAAAAAAAGCCUGUCAAAAUGCCAGGAGUAUGACUUGAAACUAGAAGUUGAAGCCAUCAAUGGGCAUCUAAAGAAGUGGUUUGCUGGCAAGGACGACAGACGAAUCAAAUAUGAUGGAACAACAAGAUUUUUUUUACCUAGACCGAAGUAACUGAUAAAUACUUGCGAGUACUGUCUUCAGAAAUAUAAAUCGAAAAAACAUAGAUCUUAACCAUCUACUAGUAAUAAUAUUCUUACGUUUAAAUGGAAAGGUGACAU